AAUAAAUAAAACAGUAAUGGAAGGAACCAAGAAGGACAAGACCAUGAAGGAAAAAAUGAACAGAGCUUACUUAGACUCUAAGAUCAACAGGAUCAUAGAGCCCAUGGUUGUCGAGCUCAUGAAGAAGACCCCUGACGACCCUAUUACUUAUAUGAUCAAUUGGCUCAAAGAGAAUCAUGGGAAUAGGGCAUCGAUCCAUGCCAAUGAGAGAUUCGAACUUGAACAUCUCAGAAAGGAAGUGCCCGUCCUUAAGGAAAAGAUCGCAGAACUUGAUGAUGGAGAAGGAGACGAUGACGAAAAAGGCUCUGAAAUCGAAUCUGAUAUCAGCGAUGAGGAAGAUUAUGUAGAUGAACUCCCUGCCCCUGUUGAUAAUAAGCUAAAAUAAACAGAGAACUUCUGUAUCUGCCGAAGCUUUUGGAAUCUACCACAAGAAAGAAGAUUUCAAACCGGUCGUUAUUGAGAAAAGCGAUGAGGUGAAAGAAAAAAUUCGAAAGCAAUUGCAAAAUAGUUUCAUGUUCAGCGCUCUCACUGAGAAAGACCAGAAUAUUGUAUUGGAUGCCAUGAAAGAAGUCACAAUGGAGCAAGGAGACCAUGUUAUCCAGCAAGGAGAUGACGGAGAUGUCCUCUAUGUCGUGGGUGCUGGAACUUACGAUUGUACUAGAGUCGAACCCGGGCAAAGUGAAUCAAAGUACCUUACUAAGUACGAAGAGGGAGCUGUGUUCGGAGAAUUAGCUCUUCUAUACAACGCUCCAAGAGCUGCAACCAUCACAUGUGAUGUUCCAGGAGUUGUUUACAGCUUGGAUCGUGCUACAUUCAACCAUAUUGUAAAAGAUGCAUCAGUAAAAAGGAGAGAGAAAUAUGUAAACUUUUUGUCUCAGGUAAAAAUCUUAGAAUCCCUUGAGCCAUAUGAAAGAGCUAAACUAGCUGAUGCUUUCAAAGAGAUCAACUACUCUAGCGGAGAUUACGUUAUCAAAGAAGAUGAAGAAGGAAACACAUUUUACUUCAUCUCAGAGGGAGAAGCUAUAGCAACCAAAACACUUGAAGCUGGAAAACCCCCAGUCGAAGUCAUGAAAUAUCAGAAGGGAGAUUAUUUCGGGGAAAGAGCUCUGAUCAAAAACGAGCCAAGAGCAGCCAAUGUUAUUGCUAAGACUGACAUAGUUGUCCUUAGUCUUGAUAGACACAUGUUCAAGAGAUUGUUAGGUCCUAUAGAAGAAAUUUUGAAGAGAAACGUUUAUGAAGUGCCUAAAACCUCAUAA